UGGCAAAAGCUGUUGGAGACACCCAGCAUAGAAAUAUUCCUAAUUCUGCUUUGCUGAGUAUGGUAGUCCACACGCACAAAGAUACAGCAAAAGAGCUACCAGACAUCAACAAAUCUCAUUUCAGGGGAAAUUAUAGAAUGGAAACCAGAGAGGUUCUCUCAACUGACAAAGCUACAGUUGUCAUCCAAAUAAAUCCACAGGCAAAUGACAGUGUUAUUUAUGUUGAUGGACAGGAGACAAUAAAACACAAUGCGGUUCUUAAAGAAUUUUUCAAAGCACAACCAAAGGCUCUGGGGAUUGUCCAGAUAAUGAUUGGAGUGACUGUCUUCUUACUUGGGGUUGUACUUACUUGGCGUCUCACCAUCAGUGACUAUUAUCCCAAAUUUGUUGUCAAUAGUGGCAUCACCUACUGGGGAUCUUUCAUUUACGUCAGUGCUGGAUCUCUGUCUGUUGCUGCACAGAAUAAAUGUAAUCCAUGUUUGGUGAAAGCCUCUCUUGGAAUGAAUGUGUUCAGUGCCAUAACAGCAGGACUAGCUAUUCUUCUGAUGGGUGUACAAUUAGGAAUAUCAUUGGAAUAUCCAAGGUUCGAUGUUCAGAAUUUUAUUUUGCGGUCUGUUGGAAUAAUGCUGGUGUUCACUAUACCUCAGUUCAUCAUCUCCAUCUGUAUAUCAGCACUUGCCUGCAAAGCCACCUGCAACAUCCAUUCUACAGUGGUCAAUGUGGCACUAAACCAGGGAUACUAAGUCAUGGUGAGGAGAUCCUAGCAUCCAAAGGCUACAGAGAAUUAAAGUCUCAUAUUCUUGUUUUAGAUUUUAAAAAUAUCUGUUGUCCAUAUUUUAUAAUUAUAUGUGAAAUGGAUUUUAAUAUGCUUCUGCAUCAGACAUGGCCCAAUGUUUUGUAAUGUAUUGUUUAUGUCAUGUUUAAUAUGGACUAAAGAUUACAUUUGUUAACCAGGAUUCUUAAGUUUCUCCAGAAACUUGUAUUUUAGUUUGUUGUGAUACAAUGGAGCAUUGUACACUUGCACACACACACACACACACACA